AUGUAUAAUAGUGUGUUUGGGGAGCAGAGCAAUCUUGAUCGUCUUAAAAGCGACGCAGGGUCAUUACAACAAUCAAUCAGUAAGAUCCGCCCACCACAAGAAUUUUUUGAUUAUAGAAGAAUCAGUAAACCUGCUAAUUUCGGAGAAGUUCAAAGUAGGGUUGGAUACAAUUUAGGAUACUUCCUGUCUAAUUAUAUAGCUAUAGUAUCGAUUUUAUCAAUUUAUGCUUUAGUUACUAAUUUAUUAUUAUUAUUUGUUAUCUUUUUCGUUGGAGGAGGAAUAUAUGGUAUUAAUUAUUUGAAAGGAGAAGAUUUGGUAUUACCAAUAGGUAGAUUUAAUACCAGCCAGUUAUACACUGGGUUAUUAAUUGUUGCAAUUCCACUUGGAUUUUUGGCCAGUCCUAUUUCAACCAUGAUGUGGUUAAUUGGAUCAAGCGGAGUUUCAGUUUUAUCUCACGCUUCGUUAAUGGAAAAGCCAAUUGAAACUGUUUUCGAAGAAGAAGUUUAA